AUGAUUAACGGUAAAAUUUUUGUUUUACUCCUGGUAGUACUGCCAGCAGUUUUAGCACAAACUGAUUAUUGUAGUGCUAAUCUGUGUAGAAAUGGAAAAAAGCAUAUUGCUUGCAAGAAUAAUGGAAAAUUUGCCGCAGUCUGCAAAAAUCCUAAAAUAAUACAAAUAACCACCGCCUUGCGCACGCAAAUUGUUAACAAGCACAAUGAACUGCGCAACAAAAUCGCCCAAGGUUUCGAUAAAUUCCCAACAGCCGAACGUAUGGCUGCCAUGGUUUGGAAUAAUGAAUUGGCCAAGUUGGCUGAGUACAAUGUCAAACAAUGUAAAAUGAGUCACGAUCAAUGUCGCAACACUAAAGAUUUUCCCUAUGCUGGACAAAAUAUUGCCACUUCAACAUGGCGCGGCAUGCAAAAGACUGUUACUCAAGUCAUUGAUACGCACAUCAAAAACUGGUUCAAUGAAUACAAAGAUUGUCCUGUGGACAUUAUCAAAAGCUAUUCCAAACCAAAAUCUGGCAAGGCUAUUGGUCAUUUCACUGCAAUGGUUCAAGACAAAUCUACUCAUGUUGGCUGCGCCAUCUUGAGACAUAAUAAAAAUGGUUCUAUUCAACAGAUAAUGACCUGUAAUUACGCUCAUACUAACAUUAACGCAGCUGCUGUGUAUCGUCAAGGUCCAACUGCCUCGAAAUGUACUAGUGGAACCCAUAAGAAAUUUACAUCUUUAUGUUCGAGUAGUGAAAAAUAUAAUUGA